AUGUCCACCGCUUCCCCCCUCCACCACGGCCACGGCAACGGUAGCUACGGCACCAACUCUCCUGUCCCCGGAUCGUCGGGCAACCACAUGGCCAGUAGGGAAGGCGCUGCUGUUGGCGCUGCCGCAGCCACCACUGUGGCCGACCAGGCCGCCCGCUCCGGAUCGGUUCCCGCCUCGGGUUCUGGCAGCGCGCCGGGCUCCAACUCGGGAUCCCUGUACGGCGACGGUCACGGACACCACGCUGCUGCCGCUCACCACCACCACAGCGGACACCACGCCCACUCGCACGCUUCCCUGACGAGCCCCGUCAACGGCAGCCACACCAACUCGUGGUCGCCGUAUGGCUACCCCUCGGCUCCCGUCUACGGCGGAAGCCCGAGCCCGUACGGUCACAACUCUCACGUGGCCUACUCGCAGUACACGAACGGCUACGGCUACCCGAACGGCGGCACGGCGCACCAUGUCCAGACCGCCCCUCCCACGCCUGCGGCGGGCGCGACUGCCUACCACUCGUCGAUGAACGGCAUGAUGAUGCACCACGGCGGCCAGCACGCUAGCUACAGCUACGGCGGCGGCAACCACCACCUUGGGCCGCACACGCCGACCCACUCUUCGCACACGGGUCACGCGUCUCCUUACUUCUCGAUGAACGGCGAUGGCACGCACAGCCACGUGAAUGGUUCUUCGCACGUGUCUUCGCCCUCGUACACCUCCGCGCCUCAGUACUCGACACAGCUACCGCUCGCUGGCCGGCACCGCGUCACCACCACGCUGUGGGAGGAUGAGGGCACGCUCUGCUUCCAGGUCGACGCUCGCGGAGUUUGUGUUGCCAGACGGCACGACAACAACAUGAUCAACGGCACCAAGCUCCUCAACGUCGUGCAGAUGUCGCGCGGCAAGCGAGACGGCAUCUUGAAAAACGAAAAGGAGCGCGUCGUGGUCAAGGUCGGAGCGAUGCACCUCAAAGGCGUGUGGAUCUCGUUUGCGAGGGCCAAGCAGCUGGCCGAGCAGAACGGCAUCGCGGACCUGCUCUACCCGCUCUUUGAGGCCAACAUCCAGUCGUUCCUCUAUCACCCGGACAACUACCCUCGAACCGCCGCCGUCAUGGCGGCGGCGCAGGAGCGGCACGCCCAGCGACAGCGGGUGCCUGGUCUGCCCAGCCCUAGCGGCAACGCGGGCAGCCAGCCCCCGCCGCUGAUGCGGGCCAACACGACGCCGGCUGCGGCCGACACAUCGGCCAUGAGCGCCAGCAUGACGAGCAGCGCCAGCUGGAGCAACUCGCACGACCAGAGCCACACCUCGGCCCCUACCACUGCGCAGCCGUCGCCUGUCUCGCUGCAGCCCAGCGGAGCCGCGCAGCACCUGCACAUGGGUCUGCAGAGUCACGGCACCUCUUCGCCAACCUUCCCUUCCUCACAUCAAGGUCAGUAUGCCGUGACGCAAGCGCAGCAGCUUGCCGCCCGCCCCAUCGCCGGCGACCGGCGUCACACGACGCCCAUGACGCUGGCAAACAUCUCCAACCACCAGAGCUAUGCUGACAACACCGCCUACGGUGCUACCAAUGCUGCUGCUGCCGCCGCCGCCACCGCUACUGCCUACAACCUUGCAGGAGGUCCCGCCGCGGCAGGAGGCGCACGCAAGGUGUCGGGCCUCAAGCGCCAGUGGGACGACUCCGAGGACCAGCACGGCGGGCCUGGCAACCCAUCGCCUUCGGAACGCGACAUGCAGCGGACCGGCUCCGGCAACUCUGCCGGGUACAAGUUCGACGGCGAGGGCCUCCACAGCCCCAGCAUGGGAGGGAGGAUGACCAAGAAGAGCAAGUCGCAGGGCCACCCCAUGCCCCAGCAGCAGCAGCGAAUGCAGCAGCCCGUCCACGCCAUGUCUGGCGGCGGCAUGGGCGUGCCGAUUGGCGUCAGCUCGACAGGCAAUGGCGACGGCGGCCAGCACCUCGACUGA